AUGUCGUUCAAGUUCCCUUCUUUCGAUUUGAAAUCUAUCCAAGACUCAUUGCCGACUGUGGAUCAAUUCCGUGAAAGCCUUUCCAAGGUUAAUCCUUCGAAAACUGUUGAACAAUUUAGAGACUCAAUUCAGCCAUUCGCGUCAAAGACACAACAAUUGAUCAAUGAACAAUUGCACCAAGUCCAAGCAUUGGCGUCAAACACAUCAAACGUCGAAGUGAGUGAAUUGCCUCAGGAUUAUUUACAAUUGGAAAUUGGAUGUGAUUUAUUGUUGAAAUUGUAUUCUGAUUUGAUCCAAACAACUAAUGAAACUUAUGGGCAAGUUAGUUACGAUUACCCUCCAGGAAACUACACCAUAAACAAGAUUAGAGACGCCCACGUUGGAAGUAUUAUUGGUAACAAGUUUAAUCAAUUGAAGAAUGCCUCUUCACCUCAAGAGUUGGAGAAAGUCUUGCUAGGCGAAGCCGACGAUUCAAAUCCAGAAGGUGAACAAGAAAACAAAGAUGUUUCAAUCCAGCCAACUUCACCAGAUUUGCCAAAGACAUUAUUCGGUUAUUUGAGUGCAUUAACUGCUAAGCAUUCAGAGGAGUUGGAAAAAAAUUCCAACCUGAACUCGCUUGCUUUUGUUUUGUUGAAGAUAUCCUCAACAUACCACGAAAUUGGAUUGGCAAGAUUAGACCAAGAUAAAACCAUUCUCAACUUGAACCACGAUUUAGUUGAAAUAUUGAAUGAACAAUUUAUCAAAGUAAAUGAAUUGAGAAAGAAGGUGUACUUUACAAGAUCCCAAUUUGAUCAAUUGAGAAGUAAAUUUGAAUCAAGCGAUCCAGAAAACGAAGAAUUGAUUUCAAAAGAAGAUGAAUUAGUCAGUGCAACAGAACUAGCAGUGAUUGAGAUGAAGAAGCUUUUACAGCCUUCAAAGAAUGUUGAUUUGUUAAAGAUUUUCGUUAAAGCGCAAAAGGAGUAUUUUGAACUUGGUGCAAAGAAGUUAAGCAGCUUGUUGACCAGUUUAGAUGAAGUUAAGCCAGAGGGGGAAGACGAAGAAGAAUAG